AUGGCUGCUCUGACGCCCGCUCAAGUCCAAAUCAUCAAGAGUACUGUGCCUGUUCUUGCUGAACACGGCACAGCCAUCACGUCGCGAUUCUAUCAUGAUAUGCUCGAAGCCAACCCCGAGCUAAAGCACAUUUUCAACAACACACACCAAGCUACGGGACACCAGGCCCAAGCCCUUGCCGGAUCGCUGUAUGCCUACGCGGCCAACAUUGAUGACCUGGGAAAACUGAGCCCUGCGGUUGAGCUCAUCUGCCACAAGCAUGCAAGCUUGUACAUUCGCCCGGAUCAGUAUGCCAUUGUGGGGAAGCAUCUACUGGAAACCAUGAAGACCGUGCUUGGGGAUGCAGCAACGCCAGAGAUACUCGAGGCGUGGGGCGCGGCGUAUUGGCAGCUGGCAAACAUUAUGAUUGGAAACGAGGGCGACCUGUACAAGGAGACGGCGUACUGGCCGGACUGGCAAGACUUUACCAUUGUGAAGAAAGAAAAGGAGAGUGACGAGAUUACAUCAUUUUAUCUGCAACCCGUCGAUGCCAAUCUCAAGUUGCCCAUGUUCAAGCCAGGACAGUACAUUUCGGUCAAGGUCUUUGUUGAAGAGUUAUAUGGCGGCGUGUGGCAGGCCAGACAGUACAGCUUGAGCGACGCGCCUGGCAAGAGCUAUCUGAGAAUCAGCGUGAAGAAAGAGCCUGGGGUCGAGGUUGGAGAGGCCAAACACAUGGCACACGAGGGCUACAUUUCCAGCAUUCUGCACGACAAGAAGCACGAGGGAGAUGUGGUCAAAGUGUCGCAUCCGUUCGGCGACUUCUUCAUGGAUGUGGACAAAGUCGGCGAAGACGCGCCUGUAGUCCUCAUCUCGGCCGGAGUCGGUGUUACUGCCUUGAUGUCCAUGUUCAACUUUUUGAUGGACACCAAAUCAUGCCGACCCAUUACCUGGAUUCACGGAGCGCGCAGCUCGAGGACGCGGGCGUUCAAGAAGCACAUGGACCAGUGUGCAGCGAACCAUGGGAACGUGCAUGCAGUAUACCACCUGUCCGGUCCAAGCCAAGAGGAUAGUCAGGGACAGGACUACAACGUCAAAGGCCGCGUGAACCUGGACGGGGUUGAUAGGAGCCUCGUGCACACGGACAACCGCCAGACACGGUACUACUGCUGCGGACCCACAGCGUUCAUGGUCGACGUUGAGACCAAGCUGAAGAGCUAUGGCGUUCCAGGCGAACGGGUGAAGAUGGAGUUGUUUGGUACAGGCGGAGUCUCCAGGAUCUGA